CCAAGAGUGUGCAGCUGAACUUCAGCAACAAGACAGGAGGAAAAAAAAAAAAAAAAAAAUGCCGUCAAGAUCGACAAGAAAUGCGGGAAGUGCUCGAAAUAAAGAGCAGCAGAGUCAGGAAGUACGACUGCGCAGGAUGCAACUCUUUCUUCAGCACUUUGACAAAGAAGUGCAAAGACGCAUAAAUGAGUUGGAGGUCAAGCUGGAGAACCUGUUGUCCACAGUGGAUCAAGCCUACGAAGUGGAACUGAUGAAGAUGCCUCUUUCUCUACGAAACACACUCGUAGGGGAUUUAAUCCAAAAGGAGAAAAUCUCUGCCAGUGAAAUUUUCAAGAAGAGCGAGUCUUGUGAGACUGCCAGUAGGAAACCAAGUGAAAGAGGUCAUGAUUCUACACCAGUACGGUUCAUGCUUGGGCAAACACCCUCCUCCAAAACAGCAAAGGGAGGAAAAGGGACAAAGACCAGAACGCUGGCUGGCAGUAACGGCACUGGGAAACUCGCGGGCUCUUCAGCCACUGCUAAAAGAACUCGCAGCCACAUUUCAAGCACCAAGACAAGUGAGCAGACCAAACCUAAACUCAGGUCUGUUGUGUCUGCCGGUGAUAUGCACUGUUCAAUGGCACGAUCUGCUGCACACGUCACUGUGACCACAGCACAGGGACAGAUGGUCAGUUUCUCCGAAGAGACCAAACAUGAAAUUAACUGGGACUUGCUGGAUGAUGUGGCAUGGCGCCAGAUCCAGAAGCUUAAGAGUCUAAUGGAACAUCUGUCACAGCAAAGUUCUGCCAUGAGUAAUGAUGCCUGAUCCCCCACCAGCCAGUUUAUAUAUUUAUGUAUACGUUUUGAACGUGUCUUGAUUUGUGUGAAAAUGCAAUAAACUUAUUUUACUUCAUGA